AUGACUGAGGAGCUAUCCAAAACUGUGCCCGAAAGUACUCCCUCUCACCCUCCACCUGAACCUGCUGCUCAUGACCCUCCAAAGGAGGAUGUGGCGGAGGAGAAAUCUGUAAUUCCACAACCCUCUCCUCCUGCUGAUGACUCCAAAGCUCUUGUCAUAGUUGACAAGACUAGUGAAGUUACUGAAGAGAAACCAAUUGAAGGAUCUGUGAACCGAGAUGCUGUUCUUGCGAGAGUUGCAACUGAGAAGAGGUUAUCACUAAUCAAAGCAUGGGAAGAAAGUGAAAAGUCAAAAGCAGAGAACAAGGCUCACAAAAAUAUAUCAGCAAUUUCAGCAUGGGAAAACAGUAAGAAAGCUGCAGCGGAAGCUGAAUUGAGGAAGAUUGAAGAACAACUGGAGAAGAAAAAAGCAGAAUAUGGAGAGAAGUUGAAAAAUAAAAUAGCUACAAUCCAUCGAGAAGCUGAAGAAAAGAGGGCAUUUAUUGAGGCCAAAAAAGGGGAAGAUUUCUUGAAGGCAGAGGAGACAGCUGCAAAGUACAGGGCAACUGGAACAGCCCCAAAGAAACUCUUUGGUUGUUUCUAA